AUCAUACAUACAUUUUAAGGAACUGUCAACACUCAGUUCUUUAGUCCAUGGAGUCUAUUGAUUGGUCGACAGGGAGAUGUAAAAAAUGGCUUCCUUGCCUUCUCCUACUCAGGUGGCAGGGACCCACAGUUCUAUAUAUGAGGCCUAUUACCACCAAGUAGACCCCAAUGGCACUGGGGCAAUACAAGCCCUUGAUGCAGCUAGAUUUCUCAAGAAGUCACGUCUUAGCGAUGUGGUACUUAGCAAGAUUUGGGAUUUGUCUGAUCCUAAUGGCAAAGGAUAUUUGGAUAAAGCAGGGUUAUUCGUAGCGUUAAAGCUGGUAGCGCUGGCUCAGGCAGGGAAAGAUAUAAAUAUGAGCAACAUACACUCAGAGGCACCGCCACCUAAAGUUGGUGAGCUACCUAAAGUUCCACCACCGAGUGUUAGUCCAAUGCCAGCGAUGCCGCUGAGCGACUGGAGCAUAAAGCCAGCGGAGAGAGAGAAAUACAGUCAGCUGUUUGACUCGCUACAACCCAAUAAUGGAUUUAUUGCUGGUAAUAAGGUGAAGGGAGUGUUGAUGGAAUCGAAGCUUCCUUUGGACACUUUAGGCAAGAUAUGGGAUCUUGCAGACCAGGAUAAGGAUGGGAUGCUUGAUAGACAUGAGUUUAUUGUGGCGAUGCACCUAGUGUACAAGGCGCUCGAGAAGCACGCGGUCCCCACCACUCUGCCCCCUGAACUCCGCGCUCGGCCCCCUCGGCCUCCAUCUCGCCCCCCUUCACGACCCCCCUCCCGGCCCCCAUCGAGGCCUCCCUCGCCACAGCCCAGGGCGCCCCCUCGGCCACAGCCUCCUACACAGAAUACGGACCUCUUCGAUGGACUGCUCGACUUAUCUAGUCCGCCGUCAUCCACUCCGGCGUCCUCUCAGUGGAUAUCGUCAAGUGAUCGCGUGAAGUACGACACGCAGUUCACGUCAUUGGAUACGGACCGCGACGGAUUCGUGUCCGGAGCGGAGAUCCGACAUGUCCUGCUCGACACUGGACUGCCGCAGACCACUCUUGCGCAUAUAUGGGCGCUGUGUGACACCUCGAGUUCGGGCAAAUUGUCCCGGGCCCAGUUUGCGGCGGCGAUGUGCCUCGUGCAACGCUCGUUGCAGGGAAUACCGCCUCCCGCUGUGCUGCCACCCGAUUUGAUUCCCGCUGCUACUAUGGCUCCACCUGUUCCUGCGAUACAGCCAAUCCCUGAACCAGUGUCCCUUGGCCCGCAGCCGACGCCCGAAAUGGACGCCAUAGCUCGUGACGUUGACUCUUUAGCGAGGGAAAGACUUUCCCUCGAAGCUGAAGUCGCAAAUAAGCAGAAAGAGCUGACGGUUAAGACUGGAGAGGCGGAUAGCUUGCAGAGUGAAUUGGACACUUUAACAGCUACACUGAAACAGUUGGAAAACCAAAAAGGUGAAGCCCAGAAAAGGCUGAACGAUUUAAAGUCACAGGUGGAAAAAUUACGAAGUCAAGUGUCAGCCCAAGAGGCGGCAGCGGCGGAGACGGAGGCUGAAGUGGCGGCGAGGCGUGCUGCUGCCAACACCCUCAAGGAGAAAGAGAGGAGCCUCCAAGAUGAGGCGGCGCAAGCGCAGCUCCAAGCUGAAAAGCUCGGCGCUCAGCUCACCAGUUCGGUGCUCGCUGUCAGCCAGGCGAAUUUAAAACUGAAUCACCUGGAGGAGCAUCAUAGGUCAUUAAUAGCUGCAAUAGAGGCGAUCGAUGCCGGCGCAGGUGUUAGCGUGCUCAACCUGCAACCGCAGUUCUCGAAGCAGCACCUGCAGCAGCUGGUGCGAGGGUCGGGAGAUGAGGAUGAAGAAUUCUCGAAGGCAGACUUCAGUACAAUGAACGGUUCUGCCGGUUUCUCUUCCGACCCCUUCAAGGACGACGCCUUCUCGUCUAAUCUUCCUACGAACGAUCCAUUUGCGCCUUCGAAUAAUAAACCGGCGCAGGAUGGUUUCGCUAGUGAUCCAUUUGGCGGCUCUGCUGAUCCCUUUGCAGGCGAUUCCUUUGCGAGCAAUGAGACGAACAAGCAAAAUGAUGGUGCCUGGGAGUCUGAUCCCUUCGCAGUGCUGCACGCCCCAACGCGAAAUUCAAAUGUUAGCAAUACUAGCAACCCAAGCAACGCUAGCAACACUGCUAAAAGGCACAAGACUCCACCUCCGCGGCCGGCACCCCCUCGCCCCAUGCCCCCGCACAAGACCGAACGCAAACCUAUCGACUUCACCGAGGACCCCUUCAAAGACUACCGUUACGAAGACCCGUUUAACAUCGAAGACCCCUUCGCCGACGUCAACGACAAAAAAGCCGAUGCGUUCGGCCGGUCGACUUCCGUCGCCGGUUUCGAGAAAGACGACUUCUUCUCUACCUCUUCGAAUUUAAAUGGAACCUUCUCGAAGCCGGAGCGAAUUAGUGGACGAGUAUCGGCGCCUCCCGUCGCUUACGACCCGUUUUCGAAGCCCACUAAUAAUAAUGACUCCUGGGCGGCCUGGCCGAACGAUAGCUGGGCGGCCGACGAUGCCUGGUCCAAACCGGCCCCUCCCAAACCGGAUGCUUGGUCUUCAUCCUCCAAAAAUCUGAAUUCAAAAUCUGACAACUGGGAAAGCAACACCGAUAAUUGGUCAAACAAAACCGAUAACAGGUCGAACAAAACCGAUAAUUGGUCUAACAAAACCGAUAAUUGGUCUAACAAAACAGAUGAUUGGGCGACCGAUUGGGGAACUGAUAAAAACAAAAAUCUCAACGAAACGUGGCCAUCAAACACCUUACCCAGUAAGAAAGAGAAAUCCCCGAAGCCAGUGAAAUACGCAAAGUCUCUCGUCCACACGAUCGGUGGGAUCGGCCGGACGAAGCAGAAAGACAAGAAGAAGUCGAACGAGGCUAAGAGUGUGGAUGCCCUUCCUUCCGAAGAGCAGCAAUGGGCGUGGGCGGCCGCCGAAUCGAAACGCCUGGAGAGCGAGGUGGAAGCCAGGAGGCGGCAGGAAGACGCGGAAUUGCAGCUGGCCCUGGCCAUAUCCAGACAGGAGAAGUGACCCCCGAGGGGGCCCUCGAGGUGGCCCCGAUUUCGGUAGCUGCUGCAGGUCGGUGAAGGGCCGAGGUCCGUUCGGCGGUGGGUUGUGCAACGAUUUGGACUUAUCUUGCCUUAGAUUGGGACCCUUACGAAUAACGUUGGAAAAGAUGCAUUCCGCAGUAUUUGGCUUUAGAUGUAGGAUCCACUAGUCAUAUUGUUUAUCUUGGGCGUGUAAUGUGUAAGUAAUAUGCUUUAGGCCUAAUUCUGUUGUUAGCCUUUAAGUCCGUGGCUGUAGCUAGAAGAUAAAGAUAUUUUUCACCUAUAAUUAUUAGAAUUACGUGCGUAGUUUUCAAUGUAAAAAUUAUUUAUUGAUUGUGAAUUUGAUGAUACGGAUUGUGUUUUGUUUAAAUCGUCUCUUAUAUAUGGACCUGAAUUGACGAACAACAAAAUUGUGUCCGUAUGUGAGACAUUAAUUAAAUUAUAAUUGUUUUGUAUAUAAUGAAUAUUGUAUAAAUUGCGUCUUUAUUGACAUGAUACAUUGUCUUAUUAAUUUUAUUAUACGUCAUUUGGGUAAAAAGUUAAUAUGCUUUUUACAAAAGCAUUAGCGAAAACGUUUUGAGUAAAUCGUAUAAAUAAUCCUUUUCUGGGAGUUAAGGGUCUUAUAAUUACAUAAUUUGAUUUAUUUUGAGGCUGGGGCAUACAAUUUUUUUGUUAUUUUCCUGAUUUAUUAAUGUAUGCUGCGAUUUAUGUUCUUACGUAUGUAAUUUGCGAUUAUUGUCAGUUAUUGAAUGAUUGCGUGAAUAUAUUUAGAUUUUCUUAAAUGAGAAGGGCAGGUACGUUAUUUUCAUUUGUGUAAAAUCUUUGAACCAAUUAAUUAUUGAUUUUUAAUUUUUGGAUAGGCAUAUCAAAUAUUUUGAGGCAAAUAGUUCCGCAUGCAUUAUAAUAUGCGAGAGAUUUUAGUUGGAAGUCAAAUUUUUGAAACGAAUAUUUGACGGAGACGUAUUUUAUGAUCUGUCUUGUAUAUGUGUAUCUCGAAGAUAUAUACACGAUACAUUACUUACCGAGUUUUAUGUAUGAAACCAGAAUUCGAUAGAGCCGAUAGAAACGGUAGAAGUCCCGGUUAACAUCACUGCAGUUGAGUUUGUUGUUGUCCCUUUCUAAAACGAUAUGAGUAAACGAGAUAUCAUCAUUCAUAGCUUUUGGUUGGAUAUAUCUUUAAAUAUUAAUACGCAAAAUAUAUACGGCUAAAGCCUUACCAUAGUAGUACCAUCGCAUAGAUGAGCGGGUGUUAAUGUCGAGUCUCCCAAUAUAAUCGUUAAUCUCGGUAAAUGUAAGCUGUGGAUAGCAGUUGAUGCGCGUUCACUUUGUUAAUGUUGUCUUUUCAUACCAGAAUGGUAUUCGCUGAGCCAGUUCUAGGCGUCUUCCUCGAAUUUGUAGUGCUUAGGGUAUUCCCUUAAGGGAGCGUUCAAGUAUUACGUAACGAAUUUGGGGGGUAGGGGGUUGGGGUGAAACGUUACGAUGCGGGGCGGGGAUUGAAUUAUGCGUUAUUGUUAAUAUUAUUAUUGACAUUCCGAUACUAAACACCACAUAAACGGCAACUUUUAAUGUGUCAGUGGGUGGUAACGAAACGUGACGCGUGACAUUUGGGGGGGGGGGGGGCCAUAAUACUUGAACGCGCUCUAAUACAGAAAAUGUUACCAAAUAUUUGAAGUGCGUAGAGUAAAAUGCCUAGAAAUCGUUCGGCCACAGCUUAGCUAUGUAGAUCACGCUUAUGUGCGCACGAAGCCGUAAGCCGUCUGGUACAAUAACUAUUUUAGUACUGCACGCUUGCCGGGACACAAAAAGGCAAAGCGAACAUCGGUCGCGUGUCCCCGCAAGCCUAGUUGUUAGGAUAAUUGUAAACUUUGUAACUAUUGAAUACCGUGUUUAUGGGUACUAUUCUAAUAUUGUUAUCUCUUUCUUAGGCUGUUGUUGUUCGGACUGCGUGGAUGUAUGAUUUAGUAUUGCAGGUAUUAUGUUACAAUGUAUGUAAAUGGUCCACGUAGCCCGAUCGAUCCUUCUCUGUUAUAAUCUUUCAAUAAUAGCAAUUAAUAUAUUAUUUCUCGACGUUGAAGUGUAUAUGUGUAUCAAAAGCUAUAUAUAAUAUAGAUAUAAUUAUUAUAAUAAAGGAAACGCUGCGGUGUCCAUGCAUUAUAUUUUUUUAUUUGUUUUCUUUUGUUCCUUUUUUGAUAGUGUUGGAUAUGUUAAUAUCAAUUUUAAAUACGAUGUUCGGAUAGUGAUACAAUGCGCGGGUACUGUCUUUGAUCACCUCCUAAUACUCUUCUUUAGCAGGAAAGGUAAUGAAAGCCGGAUCCUAAUAGCUAAUUUAUUUAAGAUUUCUAAUCCGCUUUAAGAAGUAUUUUUGUUUUUUUCCGCGCUCCUUAGCCGAACAACUUACUUGCGCUAAUUAAUUUAAAUGCAUUUUUAAUACAUUUUCCCACAAAUUUAUAUCCCGCAUUUUUUUGUUAAUAGCCAUAUUUCUAGAUUCAGAUACUUGCGUUUUUUAUAUUUUUAAGCAACGAAAUAUUUUGAUGUUUGAAAAUUGUAUAUGAAUUAUAUUUAGUCAAAUCUAUUAGGCGUGCUGUAUACUCUGUUCGUACCUUAUCAUGAGAAUUUAGCUUUAAAAAUGUAUGUUGUCAAUAUUGUAAAAGGUAGUCAAUAAAAUGUCCAUUGUCAUGUACUAAAUUAGUUGUUGCAUAUUUUUUCCUUGAUUUGAUGAAUUUUCGAAGGUUAUUUCAAAACAAUUUUAGACCGACUGAAUAGCCUCAAUAGAUUUGUAUGAAACAUAUCUCUCUAAUGAAUAUUCAAUAUUUAGACAAAAAUAUAAAAGUAAAUAUGCUUUGUCACCCUCCCAAGUGAUAAACUAAAAAUUCGUCGACUUUGGGUUAUUUAACCAAUGAUGUCAAAUGUCACGUGUUGAGAGGUUGGAUUUUAAGUACAAUCGUUUCAUAUCAUUGUAAUAUUGUGAUUGUGUUACGUAGUUGUUUUAGAUGCUAGAAAUUAUAUUGCAUUAAUAAAUAUUUAUCGCGCUAGUUUUGUUGAUAUUAAAGUUUAAAAUUGUUAACAGUUGCAGAAAGUUUUUUUAGCUUAUCACAGUUGUUUUGGAGCUGAGUAAUUUCGACGUUUUAAUGGCCAAUCUUAAUGUUUAUAAUCAUCGAAUUAAGUUUAUUGAUACUUAUAUUUCUUUAUCUGCUUUUUAGAAAAAUAUAAACUAUUGAGAUUGGUAUUAAGUUAUUUAUUUAUCGUUAUAUUAAACAAAACCUUAUGAACUUCAUAUGAAAUACAUAUAUUGGCUAUUAACUAUUUGCAGGUAAUUAAAUGUCGAACCGAACAGCUGAUACGUCAAGUUACGAAGUCACGACCUAUGGGGUAGUUGACCUCAAAUUAUAGUUGAGGUCAACAACCCUAAAGGUUAAUUUUAUAAGUAAAUUGCCUUGUGUAAAUUGUACGACGCUUUAUAGUUCAUAUGGGUUUGUUAAUAUACUAAGGGCCUGUUUCACAAUGUAUGGAUAAAGUACCACAUAGCUAUGCAACAAAUUGUUCGAAAGAUUCCGGAUAAGAAACUUCGCGUUUCAUGACGAAUAGCGCUAUCUGACAGUCGUGAAACGCAAAAAUACUGUUUAUCCUACCAAUAAGUAAUAAAUAGCUUAUUUGGAACUUAUCCGGACAUUGUAAAACAGACCCUAAAUGUCAACCCAUCUCUUUCGUAAAAAUCGUUUCUUUAUUACCUAAUAUAAAAAGUAGAUGAAAUGUUAAAGAUAUUGUGACUGUAAUUUUAGAGUAGAAGUUUAUAAUACAGUUUAUAUUGUAUGCAAUUCAAUUACUCGUAAGUAUGUACCCAGAUGUUGAGAAUAACAUUUAAAUGAUUAACGCUAGAUGAAACAUUUUGUAAGCGAAUUGUUUCCCGUGCAGAGGAGACUUUUUUCUAUAAUUUUAUCUAUUUGUAAACAUUUUUCUGUAUUUUUGAAUAUGCAAUUUUAUAUGCCGGUAAUAUUUUGGUUUCAUUCAUUGCAUUGAAUGGCGGAAUUUCGAUGGCUGCGUCCUAGCUGGUAAUAUACAUUUACGACGGCGAUCAAGUUUGUAAAGCUGGCAAUACAUUUUCAAAUGUAUUGCCAGCUUUGGGAGGGAACGCGUCUACAUACGAAAUUGUCUAUUACUUUUUGUUCCAUUUUUCUAUAAAUCUAUUACAUGUGGACGAUUAAAAGGAUUUGCUCUAUGGUAUGCGGAGCUCGCGUUCCUUUUAUUUCGCGGUAUCGAUAUAAUAUAACAGGCUGACCAAAUUGUUAUAGUUGUGUGUAGUCGUAGAUGCACUGUAUGCUUGUUAAUUUUGUUACAUAAUAUGCUCAAUGCAAUGCGUAAGACUGGAUACUCGCUGUGACCUUUCAAAAUGCAAACCCAGAAAUAGAGUUUAAAUAAUUUUUUUUCAAGUAUAUGGUACAAAAAUUUUAUGUUUGAAAUCGAACGUUCGCAUAUUCUGCGACAGAUAACGUGCAAAUUUAUCUUUAAGGAAUUUAACAUAGAGGUUAUAUACAUUGAGUCAUAAAAAUUAGUCAAUUCUAAUAUUAUUUGUAGUGAUAAAUAUCAUAUUAUUAAAAUAUAUUAAUACGUUAUCCAUUAAAUAUUGUAUGUAGGUAAUUUAUAAAAACACUAGUAGGAAGAUCUUUCAAUAUUUUUGUAAAGUUCAAUAAAAAUCAGUCCAUUUAAACACUCAUUGUCAAAUAACAUAAAAAUGUAUUGUCCAUGUUUAAAAAUGGGAAUAUUUAAAUUUACUACCCGUUACCAAAUCAAGGGCGUAGACUUUACACUCUUGACUUGGUAUCGGUCGGGUCUACACUGUAGAGCUAGACUGUAGAGUAGCAGAGAAGAAACUCUGCUACUCUUUGUAAUAGUCAAGUUUUUGUUUUAUCAAGAAAUUGUAUUAUCAAUCAACAACACUUUAAACAAACGCUUAACUUCAUCUGCAAAUUAGGUUCUGUUUUGUAUAUUAGGGCAGUGAGUAACCAAGUGUCGAAAUAAAAACUUUCCUUAUCCGCUAACUUAACGAAGACGCUUAAGGCUCCAAUAACAAAGGGUUCGUUAUAAAGCACUAUUUGAAUCCAGCGAGUAGCUAGUUUUAGGCAUCAAAGUUAUUUCUUACUCACCCCGAUUCACCCGUCUUUUACAUUAACCUCGUACCUGACAGGUUAUAGGAAAGAUGAUGAAAAGAAAGGUUAUAGGGAAUAAUAAUUAUCAUCAUUGUACGCUUAAUCACUGAUCCUAAUUUAUAUUAUGAUGUAAAAACUUCCCAAAUCGACACGUAACUCAUGCCUGCUAAUGAGGGCUUAUUAUUAGUACUUUUUAUAACUAAGUUAUUUUACUUCGGAGCAGUAUGAGUGAGAAAUAACUUCGAUAAAUCAAGGACUUAGAAGACAUAUGAUCAGUAUUAGGUGGUGCGGUCAGUUACUAGAUGGAUUCGAGCACACACCGGCAGCAUGGCACUGUACCUAUAACAAAUUUGUGAAAAUAAUUCCUUACAAAAUAAAGGAAGCAUACUAUAUA